GUGUCGUCAUAUUUAAAUGUUAAAGUUUGUGUCUGUUACUUAAAAGUGAGAAAUAACUCAAGAAAUAUUUUUCCCAAAAAAUAAAGGGUAACUCUGCAAAAUAUGAAUAGAACGAGAUUCGUUUAUAAUUCCAUUCAAGGUUUUACUAUUUUAGUAAUUUUCAUUUACACCGUAUUAUGUCCAAUACUUGCAACACAUGGAUCACCUCAAAAUCCAGUAACAAAUUCAAAUAUUCAACAUACAGUUCGAGAACAAUUUGAAACUAUUGAAAGUGAUUUAAAAGGAUUAGAAGAAAUAUUUAGUUUAUCGCCAGAAGAAACAACAGAACGACUUAAAUGUAAAGUUUGUAAUGUUAGAAUCAAAUAUUUUAAAUUACGCAUUAAAGAAAUAAUUUCUCAAGCUUCAAACACCAUUAAUCAAAAUUCAUCAGAAACCAAUCUGAAAUACCCGGACAAUUGUAAAGAAUUAACAAAAACACUUUUAUGGGCUAUUCGGCAAUUGGAAGAUUUGUUUUUAAAAGCUUUAGCUAGCGAUUCAAAUUUAGAAAUUGCUAAAUUGAUACAAGCUUAUGAAAAUUUCCAUGAUGAGUGCUUAAAACAACGCCAUAAGAUAAAAGAAUCAUUAUCACAAAAACAGCUACUCAAAUUGGACAAACUAGAAACUGAUUUGAAAAAUUUGAGAAAUUACUUAAUGGGAGAAUUAGAACGUUUUGAUAUUCUGACAGUUGAAAAAUGUGUAACGGAAAUAAAUUUUUAUAAUCUUGAUGGAGCUAUUGACUAUUUAGAAGAAGUGCAGUUUAAUGCUGCCAAUAUGCAAAGCUCUGGUGGAAAUAUAACAGAUGUUAAAUUAAAGACAAUUUCGAAAAUCAUAAGAAAAUCUUUCCAAAAUGGUGUUGAUAAACUGAAAACUUCGGAUUAUAUUAUGUAUUUUAUUCAAAAGCAAUCAAAAUUCAAUAAAAAUAAAGCGUACGAAAUUCUAUAUAGCGAAAUGGUAGAAUAUUCUACAAUCGAAUAUUUAACAUUAGAAAGCUCUAACCAAUUAGAAAAUAUCACAGUGAAUUUAUGUAUCUUAGAAGUAAAGCUUGGGAAAAUUCAAGAAGCUUUUGAACAUUUUAAACAUUUAAAAUUAAUUUCGAUGUCUCAAAUUAUUCAAGCAUCUUACGACUUGAAUAGUUUUGAGAAUAUUAUGAAUUUUAUUAAGAAACAACCCGAUGCAACUGAGAGAAACAUGGCUUACGGAACUUUAAGCUUGGAAUUGCUAGGACAUUCUAUGUCAGAGAAUUUAGAAAGCAUUAAAAUUAAUUUAUGUGUUUUGAAAAUUUUGCUGGGACAAAAAACUGAGGCCCAUAAACUUUUUAAUGAAUUGAAAACGAUUUCUCUAGAAGAAAUUCUUAUAAAAACUAAUAAUUUAUAUAAUGGCGUUAACGAAUUACAAAAUAUUUUAGCCUUCAUUCACAGUCAAAAAGGUUCAUAUUGUAAUAUCCUAAAAGCUUCGAAAAUUAUUAUCACAAGUGUGAUAAAAGAAUGGGAAUCACCUAAAAACUUCGAAAUUGGUGCUAUAGCAGUUAUGGAUUUAUACUCACGUGAUUUUCUAAAUUAUAGCAGUUGUAUUAAUGAAACUCAAGAUUUGUGGGUGCAAAUGAUUCCAAGUAAUUGUGGACUUUUACAAUUUAUUCGGCUCCGCAUUUUUCGUAAAACCAACGUAACAGCCGAGGAUAUUAAUGAAUACUACGAUAAAAUUAUCGGACCAUCUAUACAGAAAGCUUUAAAAGUAGAAAAUAUUUUAAAAAAUAGGUUUGAAAAAAUUUUUAAAUGUUCAAUAACAUUAAGCUUCUUACAUGGAAGGUCUGUACAGCUUACGGCCGUAACAUUAUCGACUAUCUUUGAUGAAUUAAAAAAACAGAAUUUCGUCAAUAAUCAGAAUCAAAUUGCAGCAUUAGCAUUAAUUGUUAAAAAAUUUAUGGAAAUAAAAGAAUAUGAAAAGUUGAGUGAAGAAUAUAAACAAAUUACUGAGAAUAUAAAAUGGAAGUUACCUGUUUGGACACGAAAAAUGUUUUGGCAAGGUGAUAAAUGUAAACUAAAAAAUCGGAUUUGGGGUGAAUAUUUAUACGCUUGCGGACAAUGCCAAAAUUAUUCAGAUCAACAACACCCGGUGUUCGUGGGUACACCUAAAAUUGAAGCAGAAAGUCAAUGGAUGUUCAACAUUGAUGUAGAAGAUGGUAAUUUAACAGUUCAAAAUGUUCACACGAAAGAGUUUUUAAUUGCUGCUACGGAAAGACCUGACUCCUGGGUUAAAUUGGCUGAUCGUCGACCCGUAUUAACUCGGAAAGAUGAACUUCCGUCAGAUAGUUCAUGGAAAAUUUCACGAGCGUCUCAUGAAACUGAUAUUACUAUUCAAAGAAAUGGUGAAUUUUUAUAUGUUGAUGGGAGUGAUGAAUGGAAUGGAUUGGGACGAAGAGUGUUUACUUCCAUAACAGGGAAGUUUGGGAGACCUUAUGAAAAUGAGUGGGAAUUGAUAUGUGAAUAAAAAUGAAAAUAAAGAAUGUUUU